CGAACUUAUCGAGGGUGCCGAAUUCAGUCGCUCGCGACACGUGUGUGCGACUUGUCAGAAGAGCUUGACAGGAAGGAGGAAAUUCGAUCAGAACUUGUGCGAUGAUUUGCAUCCAAAAAUUGCCGUGAAAAAAAAACGAAAGGGGCAGCCUCCGGAAGUGCGCGAAUGCCAUCGCUUCGAAUUUUUACGAAAUAAUUAGAAGAGAAAAAACGAAGAGACACAUAUAUUGUCAUCGACGUAUCUCGCGUGCUUGAAGUAAAUCUUCAAGGAUGAUCUCUACGUGGAAAGUGUGUUGUGCUCGAGUGCCACAACGAUGGGUGUUCGCCUUCAUGGGAUUUCUGGCACUUCUGAAUGCAUAUACCAUGAGAAUCUGUCUUUCAAUUACUAUUACAGAAAUGACAUGUUCAAAUAAACAUCUCAAUAAUACGAACAUAAAAGAUGAGGACAAUAUAAAAGGUAUCAAGUGCUACGACUGGGAUGAAUAUACGCAAGGUCUCAUUCUCUCGUCCUUCUACUGGGGCUACGUCAUCACGCAUCUGCCAGGCGGGAUAUUGGCCGAAAAGUUCGGUGGUAAGUACUCCCUCGGUCUCGGCAUGCUCUCGACAGCAAUCUUUACCCUACUGACGCCGGUGGUGGUCGAUUGGAGCGAGUCGGACGGCCUGAUAGUGUUGCGAAUCUUGAUGGGUCUCGGUGAGGGCACGACCUUCCCAGCGUUGAACGCUAUGUUGGCGCAAUGGACGCCACCGGAGGAGAGAUCGAUGAUCGGUUCGCUGGUGUUCGCCGGUGCCCAGAUCGGCACUGUCCUGUCCAACGUGUUCUCCGGACUGAUGCUACAUACCUACACGUGGCCCGUGGUUUUCUACGUGUUCGGCGGCAUCGGCGUGUUGUGGUUCCUCGUAUGGGUGCUGAUUUGCUACAACAAUCCAUACGAACAUCCCUUUAUUUCCGAGCGCGAGGUCAAAUAUCUACACGAACGUAUGAAUGAGCAUACUCACGCGAAACCACCACCCGUACCCUGGCGUCACAUGCUCCUCUCGGCGCCGGUAUGGGCGCUGAUCGCUGCCCAGAUCGGUCACGACUGGGGCUUCUUCACCAUGGUCACCGAUCUGCCCAAAUACAUGAGUGGCGUACUUAAAUACCCAAUUCAGACUAACGGCUUCGUCUCGUCGUUGCCCUACCUCGUCAUGUGGAUCUGUAGCAUCUUGUCGUCCUGGCUGGCCGACCGGAUUAUCACCAGGGGCAUUAUAUCGCGCACCAACGUGCGAAAAAUCGGUACCACCAUCGCCUCCAUAGGUCCAGGUAUCUUCAUCAUCGCAGCCUCCUACGCUGGGUACAACAAUACGUUGGUGGUGGCCAUGUUCACCAUCGGCAUGGCUCUGAUGGGUACCUUCUAUCCCGGGAUGAAAGUCAACGGGCUGGACCUUAGUCCCAAUUAUUCCGGCACUCUGAUGGCGUUGGUGAACGGGAUAGGUGCUUUCAGCGGGAUAAUCACGCCGUACAUCGUCGGGGUGUUGGCGCCCGAUCAAACGCUCACCCAAUGGCGAAUCGUCUUCUGGAUCGUCCUGGCUGUCUUCAUCGUGACGAAUAUAAUCUUCAUCGUGUACGCCAGCGGCGAGGUUCAAUACUGGAACGAUCCUGACUUCGUUAUACGAGAUCGGGAAGAGAGGCGGCUGCGUAAGGAGAUGGGCAGAGAGACACCUCCGAAGAACUCGUGAAAUGUCCUUGGCGCGCGUGUCCUCCGUAAAGUUAAGCGCUGUUAAGCGCUUAACAAAAUAGUCCAGCUUUUCUUCCGGAAAAAAAAGAUCUUGCGCAGAUAUCUUAGAUAUCGUUUUUUUUACAAGCGCACUAGUUCUGUCUAUCGUUUUUCCAUGUUCCUGCUUCUUGACAAGGAUUUCACGCUCAUCGCAACUGUAUGACGACCAUAUAUAAAUGAGAAAAUAUGACGAUGAUAAAUGAGAAAGACAUAUA